AUGGAUAUCGACUCGAAGAUCAAGGCCUAUCGCUUCGUCGGCUAUGCAGCCGUCACAUUUUCGGCCGUUGCCGUCCUGUCCGUGUGUAUCACCCUUCCCAUGGUCUACAACUAUGUCCAUCAUGUCCGUUCGCAGUUGCACUCCGAACUCACUAUGUGCAAGGGCUCUGCAAAGGACGUAUGGUCCAGCGUAUACUCCAUCAAGGAUCUGCCAGUAGCUGCAAAUAGGACAACUAGGAGCAGUUACAGCGACCAGUGCAACGGAUGUUGCCUUCCAGGACCGAUGGGACCUGUCGGAUCACCCGGAAAGCCCGGAAAGCCAGGAAAGCCUGGAGCUCCAGGCAUGCCUGGAAAUCCUGGUCGACCACCUCAGGCACCUUGUGAGCCGGUGACUCCACCACCAUGUCCUGAGUGUCCACAGGGACCACCUGGACCUCCUGGACCUCCUGGACCACCUGGAGAUAACGGAACACCUGGUGAGCCCGGAAUAAAGGGACAAGAUGCACCUCCUGGCGAGCCUGGACCUAAGGGGCCACCUGGACCUCCUGGACCUCCUGGAAAUCCUGGAGCACCUGGAGAGCCUGGAGAGCCUGCCAAGUCAGAACCUGUUGUUCCUGGACCACCUGGAACUCCUGGAAGUCCAGGACCACAAGGACCACCCGGACCUCCUGGAAGCAACGGAAUCGACGGAGCACCCGGAGAGCCUGGACCCAAAGGACCUGAUGGCGAGCCUGGAGCGCCUGGGCAAGAUGGAGAACCUGGACAACCUGGCCACGCUGGUCAAGAUGGACAACCCGGAGAAAAGGGAAUUUGCCCGAAAUACUGUGCGAUCGACGGUGGAGUCUUCUUCGAGGAUGGAACUCGCCGUUAG